AUGAGGCGAGCACAGGUGAUCCGCCAAAGGCUUCUGGCACAGCUGGCGGCCAAGGGUGGGGCGGGCGCUGGGAAGGACGCGAGUGGGGCGGGCAGGGAAGGGGCGGGCAGAGGAGCAGCUACUGCAGGGGUGGAAGGGAGUGGGGCGGGCAGGGGAGGGGUUGGAGCAGGGAGAGGAGGUAGUAAGGCGGGCAGAGGAGGGAUUGGGGCAGGCAGAGGGGUGGUGGCAGCAAGGGAUGCAGUGGGAGGGCGAGGUGGGAGCAGUCCGGGUUUGAGCAGCCCCAGCAGGAGCAGUAUAGGUGGCAGGAUUGGCAUGGGUGAGAAGGAUGUGCGGGGCAGGGGUGAUGAGGAGAGGGAUGGGAACGGGAGGGGUUUUGGGGGAGAGAAGGUGGUGGAGAGAAGGCUUCAGGUGUCUAUUCAGAUGAAAGGGAGUGCUGCUAGUGACGGUGGGUUGGAACGAGAUGUGAGGAAGGAGGUGGAGGGGAGGGAGAAGGAUAAGUCAGGGGAGCAGGGGAAGGAGAAUGAGAAGCAGAGGGAACAGCAGAAGGAGAAGGAGAGGCAGAGGGAACAGCAGAAGGAGAAGGAGAGGCAGAGGGAACAGCAGAAGGAGAAGGAGAAGCAGAGGGAGCAGCAGAAGGAGAAGGAGAAGGAGAAGGAGAAGGAGAAGGAGAAGGAGAAGCAGAGGGAGCAGCAGAAGGAGAAGGAGAAGCAGAGGGAACAGCAGAAGGAGAUUGAGAAGCAGAGGGAGCAGGAGAAGGAGAAGGAGAGGCAGAGGGAACAGCAGAAGGAGAAGGAGAAGCAGAGGGAACAGCAGAAGGAGAUUGAGAAGCAGAGGGAGCAGCAGAAGGAGAAGGAGAAGCAGAGGGAACAGCAGAAGGAGAAGGAGAAGCAGAUGGAACAGCAGAAGGAGAAGGAGAAGCAGAGGGAACAGCAGAAGGAGAUUGAGAAGCAGAGGGAGCAGCAGAAGGAGAAGGAGAAGCAGAGGGAACAGCAGAAGGAGAAGGAGAAGCAGAUGGAACAGCAGAAGGAGCAAGAGAAGCAAAGGGAGCAGGGAAGGAAGAGGAAGGUGCAGGAGCAGCAAGGCACGCAGGAGAAGGAGCAGGAGGAUCAGCUGGAAGGGCAGGAGAGACAAGGCGGAGAGCCGCGUGAAGUAGUGAAACGGGGUGAAUGUGCGGAGCAGCGUAAAGUAAUGAAACGGGGUGAAUGUGCAAGUGGGAGAAGUGUGGAAGGAGUAAGGGACAUCCCUUCUGUCAGUGAAGUGGGUAAGGAGAAUGGGGCAGAGGAGAAGAGUGGAGAGGAGAAGAGUGGAGAGGAGAAGAGGCAGGGGAAGGAGACGAGGAGAGGAGGGGUGUUGGGAAGGGUAAAAGAGGAGGAGGGGCAGGGAGGAGAGAGUGCGGUUGCAGAUUUGAAACACGGGAAGAGGGUGGGUGAGAUUACGGCUGGUGCCUUGGGGCAAGGGAAGAGGCGACGAGGUGAAGAGGAGGAUAGGGAGAGACGAGUGAGGGAAAGGGUGGAGGAGGAUAGGCGGAGAGAGGAGGGGAGGAGACGAGAGGACGGGGGAAGGAGGGAGGAGGUGGGGAGGAGAGAGGAUGGGGGAAGGAGGGAGGAGCGGGGAUGGGGAGAGGAGAGAGUCAGGAGGGAGGAAGGGGGAGGGAGGGAGGAGGGUAGGAGGAGAGACGAGAGAGAAAGGAGUGAGGAGUGGCGGAGGAGGGAGGAGGGUACUAGGAGAGAGGAGGGUAGGAGGAGAGAAGAGGACGGGAUGAGGGAGGAGCAUAUGCAUAAGGGAGGAGGCAGUAGGGAGAGUGGUAAGAACGAGGAAGCAAAGGGGAAGAAGAGAGAAGAGGGUGGGAUGAGGGACGAGCACAUGCACGAGGGAGGAGGCAGGAGGGAGAGUGGUAAGAAAGAGGCGGUGAAAGGGAAGAAGGGGGGGGUGGAGGGGGGUGAGACUGGGGAAGGCACACAAGCGAGGGUGCGGGUCCGGGUGAGAGCGAGAGGAGUGUUGGAGGGAGGGGCGAGGGAGAGGAGUGUGGAUGAGUAUGAGAGCCCGCUGGUGAUGUUGCGGUGCUACCGGCACUCCCCCGUGUUCAUGGCCCGAUGGGGGGCUGUGGUUGAGUGCGGUAAGGAGGGGCAGGAGGAGGAGGGGAAGGAGGGGAAGGAGGAGGGGCAGGGGAGGCAGCAGGAAGGGAAGGAAGAGAAGGAAAGGAAGGAGGGGGAGGAGGGACACAGGGUGGAUCAGGGGCAGAGUCAACAGCAGCAGCUGCAGCUGCAGCAGCCGGAGCGAGGUCCAUCACCCCAUCCGCCCCCUUCCCCACUUUCCUCUCAGGCCUUGCGUGUCCACGAGGCUUCGAUCGAUCCGCACCGUGUGAUCUGCACCGCCCAGCUGCGCGGCCAAUGCGUGGACGCCAAGUGUCGCCUGCAGCACCUGCUGCCCCACCCUGUGCGCUUUGCCCCUGUGAUCAGGUUGCCCCUGCUGCCCAUGCCCAGCCAUACCCCGUCCUUUAUCAACCUGAAUCGCAUCGACCCGGCGCUCAAGGGAUCGGGACGCCUGCUCUUCGCUGCGUGUGCGCCCGAACCGACCGCUGCCACUUUGGAAACUGUAAGUCUUUGCCUUGAAGCAGUUGCCCCUGCUGCCCAUGCCAGCCCAGCCCCUGUCCUUUAUCCACCUGAAUCGCAUCGACCCGUCUCUCAAGGGAAUGGGACGGCUGCUCUAUGCUGUCUGCUCAGCUCAGCUGCCCAUGCCAGGCAGCACCAGCAAGUGGCACGUCUCUUUUUGCCUCUCCACCCUCCUCUCCUUGCUGCUGCACCUGCCGCGGCUCUGCUUCCGCGUGUGCCUCUCCUCUCCCCCUCACACUCACACGCCCUUUCCUGUGUCCCAUCAUACCCGUCCCUCCCCCCCCUCUCAGGUUAUCGCCUCGCUAGCGCAUUUCCUGUACCACCAGCCGGGCAGCAGCAGCAGCAGGUUUUUAUGUUGACUCAACAGUCACCCCUGCCUUCGUCCCAACACACCCAUACUCCCUCCCCUUCAGGUCAUCGCCUCACUAGCGCAUUUCCUGUACCACCAGCCGGGCAGCACCACCACGUGGCACGUCUUGUUCCGCCUCUUCGCCCUGCUCUCCUCGCUGCUGCACCUGCCAAUGCUUUACUUCCAAAUGCCCCUCCUCCCCCCCUCACACGCCCCCUCCUGUGCCCUGACUUGCCUGUCCCACCCUCCCUUGCAGGUCAUCGCCUCACUCGCGCAUUUCCUGUACCACCAGCCGGGCAGCAGCAGCACGUGGCACGUCUUCUUCCGCCUCUUCGCCCUGCUCCCCGCGCUGCUGCACCUGCCGUGGCUCUACUGCAUGGCGCGGCUUCGCAGGGAGGUCGAAGUGAAGGAGCAGAUGGGCGCGCUCGUGCACUGCAAUGGCACAAGGCGGCAGCACAAGUCUCAAGCACAGCAGCGGCAGAUACCUGGACCAACACUCUCCUCCUCCUCUCCCACUGCCCCCUCCUCCCCUCACACGCCCCCUCCCCCUCACUCCCCUCUCUAGCCCACACACCUCCCUCUCCUCCACUUCCGCCACCUCCUCUCCUCCUCCUCGUCCCCUUGGGCUCCGAUGCAGCAGCAGAGAUGCAGGAGAAAGGAGCAGCGCUAGACUCAAUCACCCCGCACCUGCGCUCCUCCCUCGGCCUAUCAAACCCUAACGCCGCCCCCUCGCAAGCGCAAUCAUCCCGCGUUUCUUCGGCCGCUACACCCCAAGGGGUGUCACUCUCGGGUCUUUUGAGUCAACUCCCGCCCCCCAUGUCCACCCCGCCUGUGGUUGACCCGGUCAACGAGAGUCAACGCAGUGCAGAGGCGCUUGACUGUGCGCUGCAGCUGCUGCUGGUGUGGGGGGAGGGCGGGGAGGGGAGGAAGGUGUGGGAGUGGGUCGGGAUGGUGGUGAGUGCGGUGGAGAGGUGUGGGGAGGGGGAGAGGGAGGGAGGUAUAGGAGAUGAAGAGGAGGGGGGCAAGGGACAGGGAGGAGGGGCAGCGGAGGAAGGAGAAAUCAACGGGGGGGAAGGUGAGAAUCUACCAUCAUCAUCAGCAGCAAGAACAGCAGCAGCAGCACCAGCGGCAGCAGCAGCAGCAGCAGCAGCAGCAGCAGCAGCAGCAGCAGCAGAGGCGCUACUAUCCUGCCUCACGCCGCGUGACGCAGCCGUCUUUUUCCUCUCUGCCGCCCACCUCCUCUCCGCCGGCCGCUUCCCUGACACUGUAGCAGCCAAGAUCGGAUUUCGGCAGGAUUUGAUUCCACUGGUGGACAUGCCCUGGGCGGCAGGUUGUCAGCAUGUGGGGUGGGUGUUGCCUGAGGGAGAGCAAAUGGUCAGGUCUGUUAUGGAAGCUGCAAGGAAGUUUCUUGCGAUGAAGGCCAGAGAAGCGGUGGAGGAGAGGCAGCAAGGAGAGAAAGAAAGAGGGAAAGAGCAAGAAGGGGGGCGAGAGGGCGAGGGGUUGCUGUUGGCACGUGUUGCUGUUGCAAUUUCCCUGGUAAGAUAUGCAGCCUGCAACAGACAGCCAGGUGUUUCCUCAGGUGUGGCUUCAGGUGCUGACGGUCCUUCUCCUCCUGUUUCAUCCCCUCUACAGUCUGAUUCGUUAUCCUCUUCUGUAUACGCAGCCACUUUAGAAGCUGUUGGUAGUGUUUUGAAGGAGCUGUUAUGGGGAGAAGGCAAGGAUGCGAGCGAUUUGGGACUUAGUAUGGGAGAUGCUUAUAAGGAGUAUGAGAUGCUGGUUGAGCUAGUGGUGGUGUGUGUGUGGGCGCUGGCAGAAACAGGGGGGGCAGAGGGAGUGAGGGAGGGAGUGAGAGUGUGGGAACGAGCAGAGAACGCGCUUUUUGGUGGCAAAGGGGAGGAGGAAAGGAAGGAGGGUGGGGGAGAGGAGGGAAGGAAGGAGGGAGGAAGGGCAGAGGAGGGAGAUGGAGGGGAAGAAAGCGAGGGGGAUGAGAGAGGGGGGAGUGGAGGACGAGGGAGGGGGAGGGGUGGGAAGAGGGCGAAAGGGCAAGGGAGAGGAAGAGGGAGAGGGAGAGGCAAGAAAGGAAAAGCAGCGGCAGCAGCAGAAGCAGAGGCAGCAGCAGCAGCAGCCGCCGAAGCAGAAGCAGCAGCGGCGGCAGCAGCAGCAGAGGCUGCAGCGGCAGCAAGAGCUGCUGCAUAUUGCCGAUUCAUCUUCUUCCGAGCUCUCUUCUCCCUCCAGUACUGCCAAACGGAGCCGCCCAGCCUGCACGAGCAGCAGGCUAACACCCAGGCAAUGGGCGGCACUGGUGGUGUUUUCCAGUCCCAGCUGGCAACGGGCGGCACUGGAGGUGGUGGUGGUGGUGGUGGUGCAGUGUAUGGACUCAUGUGUCGCUCUCUGCUCUCCUUGCUGCACUCUAGAGAUCUUACCCUCUCGUGGCUGCUAGGCCCCCCCAAUUUCGACUUUACUCUCCUCAACGCGUGUCUGGGGAUCGGCUCUGCUCCUUCCGUCAUUUCUCUCGCUGCUCCUGCUCCUGCUCCUGCUCCUGCUCCUGCUCCUGCUCCUGCUCCUGCUUCGAGUGCUCUUUCUCGCACCCCAUCUUUUCCUCCUAAUCACCCCGAAGAGGCUCGGCAGCUAGAGCAGGUUCGGCAAACCCUGGACCUCCUGCCUCGGAACGUGCCUCUUGCCCGAACCUACCUCGACCUCUUGUUUGGGAACAACCUUCCGAACGUGCUCCAAGCCACGGCUGCUGCAGCGGCUGCAGCUUCGGAAGCUGCUUCGAAGCCCAAGCCAAAGCAGAAAGGGAAGUCCGGCGAAGGUACCGAGCCUGUUACACUACCCCCGACCGUCAACCCGUCUCAGCUGACCCAUGCGGUUACCACGUUAUUAACGGCGUUGCAGCAAGGGGGAGGGGGAGUAGGAGCAGCAGCAGGGGGGGCAGGGUCGGGUCAUCCUGGCUGGGAGGCGGAAUGGACGGUGCUGAUCGACGUUGUGGAUGUGAUCAUGGCGAAUCGGACGGCUGCGUGUGCGAUGGCUCGUGUGGCUGUGGCUAUCCACCUUUUGUCGAAGCAACUGCAAGAUAGAGAGGCUAAGCUCAACCCAAAAGCGACACAGAAGAGGGAGAAAGCCCAAGCCCAUCCCACCAACCGUUAUGCUUGA